AUGAAGAUUUUUUCAGCACUCGCUCCUUUGGCUUUCGGCCGACAGGACUACGUCGGCUACAAAGUUUUGAGAACAUCCUGGGACGAUGCACACACGAGCAUCGAAGUCGGAGCUUUUCUUGAGCGAUUGACCAGUGUCGAUAUGUGGGAGCCGGAACAUGUCGAGUAUCUUACGUACACUCAAAAAGCUGAUUUCAUGCUCUCCGAGGAGGAUUCCGAGGCUUUCAUCGAGCGAUUCGGCGAUCACGUGGACAUCCUUCCGAUCAUCGACGAUGUCGGUUUCGUCAUCGAUCAGCAGAAAAACGAGCAAGAGCGAGCCACCAAAGGACUCAGAGAUCUCGACCUUCCAUAUGACCAGUAUUUGACUUACCCUCAACUGGAAAGCUGGAUUCUUGCUAAUGUCGAUAACGUGCUCGUUUCUGCCGAAGUUCUUGGCGAAACUUAUGGAGGCAACAACGUCUACGGUGUCCACAUUGGCGAUCAAGAUCCAACUAGCGACAAGAAGAAGAUCUUUAUUGAAUGCAAUGUUCACGCUCGAGAAUGGAUUACCCCAGCUACUUGCCGAUAUUUUAUCCACAUGGUCAAAUCUGCAGUCAAUGGCGUCGAUCUUACUCCUCCUUCCUACUCAAUGGAUGACCUCACCAGCAUCCUCGAGCACAACUGGUACAUCAUCGUUUCCGCCAACCCCGACGGCUACCAAUAUUCCCACGAUUCCGACCGAAUGUGGCGAAAAAACCGAGAGCCCAAUGACGGAAGCAACUGUCCUGGUACCGAUUUGAACCGACAAUUCCCGGUUGGUCAUUUGACUGUUGGUGGCAGUUCGAGCCAGUGCUCCAGUACUUACGCGGGUGAAGCACCAUUCACUACUAAAGAAGCUUCAAUUUGGAGAGAUUGGUUUCAUCAACUUAGAAAUGCUGGAGGUGGAGACAUCGAAGCUCAACUUUCUGUCCACAGUUACUCGCAACUUAUUAUGCCUCCAUGGGCGACUGGCCGAACAGCCAUUCCAGAAGACCCAGCAGAUAUCGAGUACCAGACCCGAGUUUCAAACAGAAUGCAGACCGCGCUCUACAACGUCCACGGAAAGGUCUACCGAGUCGGACAAUCCAGAGAUGUCGUUGGCUACCCCGCUGGUGGAACUACUGAGGAUUACUCUUACAGAGAUCUUGGCGUCACUCUCUCCUGGGUUCUUGAGCUCCGAGAUACCGGUGCUUACGGCUUCCUCCUCCCAGCCGACCAAAUCAUCCCCACCGCAGAAGAAACCGUCGCCAUGUUCAUCGAAGUCUCCAAGGAGCUUUCCUCCCGAAAGUAA